AUGAUCGAGUUAAUUAUCCAACCUUCAAAUCGACAACUACAACUUCUCGUAUCAACUUCAUUUGGACUUCUUCAGAAUAUGCCUACAACUUCAAUACUUGUAACACCUAAAAAACAACAAACACAACAUUCUGAAAAAAACUAUUUACAACUACGACAAAAUGAAUGA